AUGGACUCUUCCUCCGCGGCCAUGCAACCCUUCGCUCCUGGGCAAUGCCUAUUCUGCUCCAUUCUCUCACCAAACUUCCCUGCCAGUGUCACUCACAUGCAAAAAUCACACGGACUAUUCAUACCACAUCGGCAAAAUCUAGUAGUCGAUAUCGAGACUCUCUUCAAGUACCUGCAUCUCGUCAUAUUCGCAUACCGAGAAUGUCUACAUUGCGGGACCGAGAGAACAACGGUUCAAGCCGUGCAGCAGCACAUGAUCGGCAAGGGUCACUGCAGGUUUGACCCGUUGGAGCGAAAUUCCGAGUUUGCCGACUUUUACGACUUCAUAGUCUCCGAGGCGGAAGAUGGCGAAGAGAGUUACACUGAGAGCGGCGAUGAGGAGGCAGCAAGCCCAAAUCGACAGCCAUUACAGGUCGACGAGGACUCGCUCCGGUUACCAUCAGGCAAAAUCAUAUCCAAGCGGUCCACGGAACAAAUGGGGCCAUCUAUCAACCAUGUACGGCGUCAGAUCCGGAUUCCGCCUUCACAGCUAGAAUACACUCGGGUAGAAUCCGACGAGGAGGAGUCCAGCGAGGCCCGCCAGGAAUCGGGUACCUGCGAGACACAGGCACUGUCAAAGAGGGAGAAACGAGAGAGGGCAGUCAUCACGCAUCAGCUGGCAAAUAUGAGGGCGAAUGACCGAAAAGCCUUGAUGCACUUACCUACGUCGCAGCAGCGGUCAUUGCUGGCGGCGCAGCACAGAAACGAGGAGAAGGUGCAAAAAGAGGAGCGCCGCCGGCAGGGCAAGAUUGAUCGGAAGGGGAAUAAGAACUUGCAUGCGUACUGGCACACUGAAACGCCCAUUUUCCAGUGUGGGUAG